CACACACACACACGCUCAUACAUAUAUAUAUACGACGGGUUUCUUUCAGUUUCCUUCUAUCAAAUCUGCUCACAAGGCUUUGGUCGACUCGAGGCUAUAGUAGAAGACAUUUGCCCAAGAUGCCACGCAGUGGGACUGAAUCUGGAACCAUAUGGCACUGGCUGGAAUUGAACUUACCUGAUGAAGGACAUUUGAUGAAGGCCGGAGAGUAAAUCAGCCGAAACGUUGUGGUAACAACAAACAAGAUGAGAACACAUAUCCGGCCAAUGUAAAUAAUGGAAAUAAUGGAAAAUAAGAUUAGAGUUAAUUCAAGAGCCACCAGAUUUCAUUAACGACAAAAUUUAAAUCUUCCACUCACAUUAUAUGAAACCUAUAUCUUCAAAGUAUGUUAUCACUAAGAAUUCGGCUCUAUCACACAGUGUGAAAAUUAAUAUAUUAAUAACCGAUUUAGUCAGAAUAAUGAGAAACAUAUCCCCCCUGUGCAGUCCCUGGGAGAGACAAAGACAUACACAAGACUUCAUGCAUCACAUGCAGUUUUCGGGAUACAGCCAGAAAGGUAGGAUCCGAGUGUACAGAGGAGCUAGCAAGAAAUUUGAGGAGAUUGUUGUCAAAGAUACAAAUGGAACACAACCUAGGUACCGUAAUAAACAGUGGAAUCGACUACAAAGAAUUAGUGAUAAAACAAACAGAAAAAACACGUGGUAUAAUACCGACAAGUUCCAAGGAGUAAUGUUUAUAGACGCCACAAAACACAGAGAACUGGCCCGCAGAUUUAGAAAAAUCCUCAAAAGUACUAAGUUGAAGAUAAAUGUCAUAGCAAAACCAGGGAGAUCCAUUAGGUCGAUAAUAUGCAAAACAUACCCCUUCAGAAGGACAAGAUGUGUAGAAGAGAACUGCAUUGUGUACAAAUAUAGUCCUGGUAUCAACUGCAAAACCAGAAAUGUGGUUUACAGAAUAAGCUGUAUGGAUGGUGAUUGUAAAAACGGAAACACGGCAUACAUAGGUGAAAUGGCGAGAAGUUUGACUGAGCGUGUAAAUGAACAUUGGAGGGACUACAAGAAUCACAAACAAACCUCGGUGCUCUACCAACAUGCCAAAGAACAACAUAGUGGUGUACUGGACCUGAUUAACAUAGAAAUCCUGUCUAGUCACCCCGAUGACGCAUUGUUACGGCAAAUAAAGAGUCGGUCCUCGUAACUGAAACACGACCAAUUUUGAAUAGCAAUUACACGUAGAUAAAAGCCUUACAAUUACCCAUGGUUGCGGAUGUUGUUCACAUAUAAAAUACAGAACGUGAACGUGAAAAUGAAAGGAUGCAUUUACGAAGAAAAAGAAAAUAACAGAGAAAAAAACCAAAACCAAGUCCAAAGUCUCUAUCUUAUCUGAUAUGAAUGAAAUUUAACAAACACACAUAUGGACGCACAUACUUACAUAUAAGCACGCACACAUACGAACGUGCACACAUACGAGCGUGCACAGAUACGAGCGUGCACACAUACGAGAGUGCACACACACGAGCGUGCACACACUCACAUGCUCAUACCGGACAAUUUCAAAACAACGCUGAAUCAUACAUUCAAAUUAAAUGGAAGUGGAGAGACGGGUGGCUGAAGAGAUUGCAUGAGUGCAAUGAAAUGAUUUAACAAAAAAACAAACAAACUAAAUACUGUUUAUAAAUAAAUAAAGGACCGAACCUGUGCAUGUGUUUAUUACCGGCAUAAUGCCUCUCCCAAGGUUUAAUAGUAUCCUAAUUUGAGCCUUUAUGAAAAAUUUGAAUGAGAAUCGAAACGACCUGUCUUGUUAUUCUGCCGUUUCCUAAAAUGCCGAUCAAUAAUAGUGGGAGACUUGUUAUGAAAAUCUUAAUAUGUUCUUAGACAAAGUAUAUUUACACAAUUAUACAAGUUUAAUGACCAGACACUACAAUAAAUAUCAUCACAGUGUAGGCUGUGAAGAAAUAAAUAUGUGACUGAUAUGUUUGUGUGUGAACGUGUGUGUUUGUAUGAAUGCGUGUAUGUAUACGUAUAUAUGUGUGUGUGAGUGCGUGUGUGUGUGUGUGUAGGUGGGUGUUUGUAUGUGUGCGUAUAUAUAAAGUACAUAUAACUUUUGCAUGAUACUGUUAGCGUUCAUUUAUCAUAAGUUGUUUCGGAAACUAUCAUUGUGGUGGUAGUGGUUAGUUUGGUGGCGACAUCAAAAAUUCUUAUUGUUGUAGGAGUGGGGGUGGGGGAACGACAAGAGAAAAUAUCGUCCAAUAUGGCGAAAGAAAUUAAAUGACCACAGUGUGGGCAUACGGUGGUAACUACUUCCUUCCGAAGCGGGGAAAUAUUGAAGUGUCGCGGAUGAGUGACGUAAGCUGCUUACGUUAUAUCGAUUGGUCCUUCACAACUUCUCUUUUCAAAGACAUUUUUUUCCUAGCUUCUCCAUCUCUCGCCUUCACUCAAUUUAUCUUCAUUCUUUUCCAUAUUUAUCCCUUUUUAUUCUGACAUAUUUUUCUUUCA